AAUGUCAAAAUUUAUCACUACAUUUACAACUCAUUUCAGAGCGAUUUGUUCUUCUUCUUCCCCAUUUCUAACAACCCUAACUUCAGCCAUGGCUACUGAAAUCAACGCUGAAGAUAUUUCAUCAUCAACUAUUGAUCCACUUUCUGUACCUUCUGCUGAAGAAAUCAACAACAACGGAAGCAGCACUGUUGUGGAUGAUGUUGUUGAAUCUUUAAAGAAAACUGAAGCGGAAGAGUUUGGAUUUCAGAGACCUGAGACGUUUAGUCUCAAUCUUUCAAAUACAGUAGAUCCUUAUCAUCGCCAUAUGUUUCUUGUUUAUAAGAAUGUUGAAAACUGGGAACCGAUUAUUGAAAAAGCUGACAAAGAUUCGCUUCCUGGAUUUUUAGCCGCUGCUUUGAAGUCUCAUGCUGAAAAGACUACUAUCAAGACACGGAUGACGAUUUGUGAAGGACCUUACAGAACUGAGUCUUCUGAUGGGGAUGUGUUUCUUUUCCCUGAAAUGGCCAAGUACAGGGGUUUGACAAGCAAUGAUGCGGAUAAGUUUGUUGAAGAUGUGUUGGUCAAUGGCAAGGACUGGGUUUCUGGAACAGUGGAACGAUUAGAGGGUUCGUAUGUGUUUGUGUGUUCGCAUGGUAGUCGAGACAAGAGAUGUGGUGUUUGUGGGCCAGAACUUAUUGAGAAAUUUAAAGAGGAGAUUGAAUCGAGGGGGAUGAAGGAUCAAGUCUUUGUUGGCCCAUGUUCCCAUGUUGGUGGGCAUAAGUAUGCAGGGAACUUGAUCAUUUUUAGUUGCAAUUCAACAGGAGAAGUUACUGGACAUUGGUAUGGAUAUGCUACUCCUGAGGAUGUUCCUGCUAUGCUUGAUCAGCAUAUUGGGAAGGGAGAUGUCAUCGAAAAGCUAUGGAGAGGUCAAAUGUUGGCUUUCCCUACUGAAGAUAGCCAGAAAGUGGCUGAAGAGAAGCUUCUGGAAAAUGGUGGUACAGCUUUUGCAAACGGAACCAUCUUGGAGAAAGGUGAGAAAGAGGAAUCUCAAGCAAGCGCUGAAGGUGGGGAUAUGGUGAAGGAUGCAGGAAGCUGUUGUCAAGGUUCCAAUGGAGUAUCUUGUUGCAAAGACGGAAACGUCGAAUAUACCACAAAUGUGAAGAAAGCAGCUGAAGGUGUCAAGACCAGUUGUCAGGAAAGGUUGUCAGCAUGGAUGAAUGGUGAAUUCGAACAGAAUGAGGUUUAUGCUGGUCUUGCUGUUGUCAGUGCUGUGGCUACCAUUGCUGUGGCUUAUUCGAUCUAUAGAAGGUCAGGUUGAUUGCUCAAAUAUUAGUUCUAUUCUAUAUGUUGAUUCAUUUCGCUUCAGAACCUGUUUGGUGGUUAGGUAUUAUUGUAUAAUCGCUUUUGAUGCCUAGAAAACAUGAGGAGGAAUCUGUUGGUUUUAGAUACGGAGGUAGUAACACUGAAAGAAAAUAAUUCUAUGUACUACGGUUUGCAGAUAGUACUUUUAUAGAUGGUAUAUGAUGAACCUGUUGAUUACAGUUGUGGAGACUUUCUAUGGUUAGAUACAAAGAUAUAUGUAAUGAAUGCAAUAUUUUUCAUGUUCAAUUUUUUGAGUCUUCUUUUUA